UCUUUCUUUUUUUUCUUCUUUUUUUUUUUUUUUUCGAAUAGGAGUUUACAACGGAGGUUGAUCGAUCGUUUUCCUGUCAGUCAAACGUGAACCUUCAAAGCAAUAAGAUGGAAACAGAGAUAGAAACAAUUGACGUAAUCGAGGCAAAGAAGUCAUUACUAUGGAACAGAUUAUUACUGAAAUAUGUUGGAAUUUGGCCCCUCGAAAUUUCUAAUGGCUUUUUUCUCUUUUUCUUUAUUUAUCUUUUUUUACAUUGUUCAUUGACAUUUGCCGAAUUGACACAUUGUAAACACAAUUUCGAAGUGAACAUGGCAAUUUUCACUGAAAACGUAUUACUCCUAAUGACGCUAACGAAAAUAACAAUGUGCUGGAUGAACAGACGAUCAUUAAGACGUUUACUCGUCGAAGUACAAAAUAAUUUUAUCGUUGACAAUUACAAUACUAUCGAGAAGAGAUUCAUUUUCAUGAAAUAUACCAAAUUGGCGAAAUAUUAUUUUUUAGUAGCAGUACCAACGAUGACUAUUGCCGGUGCAUUUUAUUACAUCCAAGAAUUGAUGCCUAACGUCCGAAUGGCAAUAAGAAAUUCAUCAUUGAGUUACAAACUACCGUACAAAACACGAACCAUAAUCGAUAUACGCGAUAUUAGGAUCUAUAUUUGUCUCUGCAUUUAUCAGAUGUUGGUGAUACCGUGUAUUACAUUAGGCUUCGUCGGAUUCGAUUGUUUGUUUACCAAUCUCGCAUUUCAUAUUACUGCACAAUUUGGAAUUCUCAGUUGCACUAUCAGAGAAAUUCUCGACGACUCUAAUGGCUUUCAACGUAAUAUAAGAAAACUUGUUUUUCAACAUUACAAAUUGAUAAGACAGGCAGAAAGUUUGGAAAAUAAUUUUAAUGUAAUAAUAUUGCAACAAUUGAUGGGAACAACGUUACAACUUUGUAUAUCUGGUUACAAUACACUUCUGAGCACAGUAAGCAAAGAAGGAAUAACAUUGAUUCUAUUUUAUUCGUAUGCUUUUGGCGUCCUAAGUACAUUGUUUACUUAUUGUUACAUCGGCGAGUGUCUUAUUCAAGAAAGUUCAAACCUGAGCAAUGCAUUUUAUCGUUACGAGUGGUAUAACGUAUCACCAAUGAACUUAAAAAUGGUUAACAUUUGUAUGUUGCGAAUGAAGAAACCACAACAGCUUACUUCCGGUAAAUUUUUCGUUCUAUCAUUGGCCUCCUUUACCGACAUUCUCAAAACUACGAUGGGAUAUCUGUCAGUACUACGAACACUUCUAUGAAGACAUUCUUCUUAUCCUAAUUCGUCCAUAUAUUAUUAAGAUCACUAUCAUAUCUCAUUAUAAUUCAAUAUCUUUCUAAAUUGAUUGAUUCUUUUAUUAAUAUAAAAAAAAAAAAAAUUUAUAUAUAUAUACACAUAUGAUUCAAAUAAUUUAUAAAGAUUACUUUUA